AUGUCAAUUAAAUACAUGUUAGUCCUUGCACCCGCUUAUGCUACGAUCCUCCUGGCGAGCUACGGUUCAGAUACCGAUUUUGUUCGAUUAUCCACUUCUGAAAUCCAGCAAACGAGCUAUUACUGGCUGAAUGAUACUAGCUUAAUUUGUAAAAGAGAUGAUUCGCCAUCCCUUGAGGUAGUCCUACCCUCCUCCGAAGACCUCGUGUACAAAUUCGACCAGGUUACUCCGACAGGAAAACUCGAGCCAUUCCGGAAUGGAUUCUAUAAAUCAACAUGCUUUCAUAAUCCGACUGAUGACGGCCCGAAGGAACUCUGCAUCUUUGUCAACCCGAGCAUCAACCAAGGUCAAGGAAUGGUGAUAGUCACCCCUACCGAGCUUUUUGAGAGGAAGCUCAACAAUGGUAUCGACCUCUCUGACGAUCCACCGAAUCCCGAUACUGUUCAAGUCGUGGAUAUGCCUGAAAAAGGUGGAAAGGGAGCAUUGGCUACUCGCGAUCUGAAAACGGGGGAUUACAUCGCUAUGUCGCGCCCUGUAGCUCUCUUGCCAGGCUCCACCCCCUUAUGGGAAACGCCCUUGGGUCGCAGCAUUCGCCGAAAAGCUAUUGAUCACUUACCACUACUCACACGCGCUGAAGUCGCCACGUAUCAUGGUGUAGGCGAUACGGAGGAUGAAUAUAUAUCCAGCUUAGUUGAUAUGAAUGUUUUUGGCAGUGAGUUCAGUGAAGACGAGUCGCUUGAGUUUGGUGCACUUGUACUAGAGCCAGCACGAUUGAAUCACGCUUGUCGGCCAAACGUAGUCUACUAUCUUGAUGAAGGGACUCAAAUCUUAUACAUGAGAGCUUUAGAGCCAGUUGCGAAAGGCGAGGAGCUUACGAUAAAUUAUCGUGAAUACGAAUUACCGCGGCAAGAACGACGUGACAUCCUUGAGGAAGCCUACGGGUUCAAUUGUACUUGCUCACAUUGUCAGAUGAGCGAGGAACUUGGAAAGCUGUCGGACAACCGCGUAGCAAGGAUUUCUGAGCUUUUAUCCAUAGGUUUCUUUGAUUUAUCGGUUGAUGAAGCGGAGGAGAUGGUUAAUCUCUGUGAAACGGAAAAGAUCCCUCCGUGCAUUGCAGAAGCAAGCUUUGCUGCAGCAAAGAUUUACCGUGUGCUAGGCAAUUUGGAGAAAGUGAGAGAGCAUGCAGAAGUAGCAAGAAACAUGGGAAUUCUGACCCUUGGCUUAGGUUGGGAAAACCUUGAUGGGGUGGAAGAACUAUUGAGUUUGAGUACAUCUUAA